CUUUUUUUUUUUUUUUUAAAUCUGAGCAAUGCGUCACUCAGUGGUUUCGUUGCAAAGUCUCUGCAAGAGCAUGAUAAGAACUCAGGUAUUUGAGAGCAGGGAGGCGCGGCUGUUUUGUGAUGGAAAAAAUGGAACGAGGGGGUCUUAAAUCAUCACAGCUAAAGCCCAUAAAAAACUGGCUCCUCUUUGCAUCUUUACACUGUAUUGCCAGACUUACCUUGCUGUACCGACUGACCGUCUGUCUGUCUUGUCUUAUUUGUCUAUUUACUGUUUUUAAACAGAAAUUUAUUUUAUACUGUGGCCAUGUUUUAUUGUCGUGCUUGCUUUUAAAUAUUCUCUCUUUGUCCCCUCAUUGUUUGUGCGUCAAUGGGUUUAGGAGUUGUGAACAAAAUUUCAUUGUGCAAUGUACACUGAGAAUAGUCUUAAAAUUCAAAGACAGCUUUUUCAGCAGCCAGUCCAGGGCCAGCUAAUGACAGCAAUAUGUUCCAUGUGAGCAAAGCAAGAAAAAAAAAAACACUGGGGAAUGCUUGUAAAUCAGUAAUUGCAAAAAGCAUGUAACAAAUGUGUGGACGUUGCAUAGUCUAUAUUUCAAAUGUUUUUGCAAGGCUUGUGUCGUCAGAUGGUGAUAGUUGUGUCAGCAAAAUACGCACAUUUCUGGCACCUUCGCAAAAUGAACAAAACCGCACAAUAGUCACUGGAGUAACUUGAACCAGACAAAAGUAUUAAUCGAUUAAAAAAUGUGCAGAAAAUUAACAAAGUAAAACCUGGCUUGUUGUUUUAAUUAUAGUACAACACAACCAUUAAAAAAUAAUAAUGAAACUGAUCGACACUCUUAAAUUGUACAAUUUAUAUUUGGAAAUAGUUCAUAUUGAAAAUGCUGCCAAUGAUGUCGUCACCUUCGUUUUCUGUUGUGCCUUGUGCUCUGAUACCCGACAGAAGUUACACGAUGUUUGUGUAUUUCUUGUAAAAGCCAGCUAAAAGCAAAAACGAUUUUGCAUUUGCCGCUAGACCACGACUACGUGUUAAUAGGGUGUUCUGUGUUUUUAGCACAUGCAACAAAGUGGUCUUUCUUUGAGGGCCUGCCACAUCCUACACAAUCGACAGAUAUGCAUUCCUGACAUAUGCUUGAGGAUGAAUGUGGACUCUGUCAAUUACAUCAGUCUCGAUACUACGCCCCCAUUUGUUAUUCAACUGUAGGGGGGAGGGCUUUCAUUUUCUGCCAUUAAGUAUUCAACUCAAUGAGAGUAUUUAGUAGUUACUCAUUUUAUAUGUGAUUUAGUGUAUUCGCACAUGUGCUGUGUUUGUCUAUCUAUUAAUUAACCGGCAGGCUGGACUCCACUAGCCCCCCCCCCCCCUUCCUGGCAUGUUAACAUUUGCUGCCAGUCUUGUUUUAUAUAGAUAUCAUCUAAGUCUGCUGGUCUAGGGUUUCAUUGCGGGUCCAUAAACAGGUGAGCUGUGCACCCUGGUGACCCAUCCCCAUGGCCCACGUGUUAAUAGAAAGGAUUAAACAGCACUGCUUACACUCUACUCUUUGGUGCGCUCUGCGGUAAAUACACUGUUGUAGCAUUGACAACAUCAUCAUUAUUCUGGAAUUCAAAGUAUGCACGAGAUAGCGGGGCGCAUCUUGUAAUUUGACAUUUUCGGCACGGAUGACUCUGCAUCCGUUUGCAUUUGCCUCUUAUAGUUAUACUGUCAAGACAGGUGUGGGUAUGAAAUGAAAGGAUAGGGCUAAUUAUACAUCUCCUUCUGAGCCCGAUUGCUUUCUUUCAGCACAUCGGACAAAAGGAAUGUGCGGAAUGCUGCAUCAACGUUCACAUCCAUCUGAUAAAAGCAAGACCGUAGGGCGGCGGAAACUCGUGUGGUGGUACAGGGACAAGAGUGGACAAGCCCCACUGCCACAAGAAUGUGUAGUGUAUCCACACACUGACAAUUGCUUCGCCCAAUCGGACACAGAUGUCGCAUUUGACUGGGCUCCGAGUCGCUGUAAUAGAUGUUUGACUGCUGCAUUCAAGUCAGUCAUAAACCUCUAGAUGACAUGUUUUCUCCAGAGACUGCACAAUGAACGAUUGAGUCAGUAUACUGUCGAAGCAGAAUUGGACUUUGUCCUCUGGCUUCAAGUCCCUGUUUUGGAAUGGAAAAGAUUAGUCUGUUGCUUGGCUUACAGGGCAUGUUUUCAAUCUAACUGCUUCUAUCGCUUUGUGAACCACACUUGGGGACAUAGACAAACACACACUGUCAUUCAGAGGCAACACUCGAGAUUGCCCUCUACGGGGGAAAUCUUUCCCUUUAAACGAGGAAAUCCUUUUACCCAAGAGUUAAGUGUUUAACUGAACACGUAUGCAAAUGACUUGACAACACAUAAAAGAAAACCAAUUGUAAUGCAAAUGUAAUCAUGCAGAACUGUAUUCACUUUCUCCCUUGUUUCUUGGAUGGUUAUCCUUCUCAUGCAAAUGGAAACUGCUGAGUCCACAUAGUCCAAAAUGUGGUUUCAGAAAGUGGCACAGUAUUUUCAAAAGCCUCAGGCAGUGGCGUUUCUUUGCCAGUGUGAGAAACCUUUCUAGGAAUAGCUUACUCAAAAUAUUUGUUGACACUUAGUCAAAAAAAAAAUUCUACGAUGCAAGUGUUUACAGUUUGUAUAAAUCACACUGUCCAAGCCAACAUUGGUAUUUUUCCUUCCUGGAGGCUUUGUCUUUUAAGUGACAGUCAUCAUCAGCGGCAGGUUCAGCAUGUCAGCAUGUCAGCGGCAGGUGCAGAUUAUUUUGAGAGGGCCGUGAUAUUUCAGCUCAUUUGCACAGACAUGAGCUACUCGCUGGGCUUAGUGCUUUAAAUAGGCAGGAGUCCCAUGUGGUUUAUGGUAAACCAGACAAAUUCAACACGUAUCCUCUGGGCAGGAUGCCAGGAUCCAUAUACAGUAUUGGUCACAACAUGCGUGUCCAUGACUUUUCUGGGAUUUGGAUCUGGUAAAUGAUUACCAUUUAAAAUACUGUACAGUUCACAUUUGCCAAAAUCAUUUAGUAUCUUGGAUGAGAAAAUGAAAAAAAAUCUCAUUACUUUCACUGGAGGGAUACUGUCAGGCAAGUUUGGUGAGCAGACCCCUCCCUCAACCCUGCAGAAGUGUAUCGUUGCUCUUGUUCCUCUCACUAUCUUUGUCUACUUCACAAGAACACAUUGCUGUGGAUGGGCACAUACAACAGGUGCAGCAAGAAUGAACUCAGUGGGACUAACUGGGAGAUGUGGAAUGACCGAGACAACAUUCUAAACAUGGAUAGUUUCUCCCUCCUGAAGAAUGUUUUAUUUUCAAGUUGUGUAUCCAUAGAAAAUAAAAUACAAGUGGAUUUUCAGGUUCCAAUCGAUAUUCUUUGUAUGUAUAAUGUAAUCCAUUCGUUGUUGUUUUUUUCUCUUUAUCUCUUCCAUUGCUUGUGAUUCAAAAGUGUUCCAAGUGUCUUAAGUGUCAAAGUAUGCAGCUGGCAGAGGAUGGAUACAGUCAUUGUGUGAUGUAAGAGUCUAUUUUACACUUGCAUUCUGUUGGCCACUAAGCAGCAGGACAUAAUCCCUGGACAAGGUUCAGAAACACCUCGGCUUUGUUGCUCAGAACAAUCACAUGGUUUCGGAUCUAUGUCUCUCCAAAGUGGAGGCUAUCUGGAGGACAGGUAACUCAUUCGCUGCCAGCCCAGUGAAAAUGGAUCUUUGACGUCUGUAGCCGUCAAUGGUGGUGAAUGACGUAAGCAACUCAUUGACAGCAGGGUUGUAUUUAUAGUGAAGGGCAAAGAAUGCUGAGGAUGUUUUUGAAAGGUCAGAAUGUUUAGUCAUGAUGGCGAUGUUAGGAAGUGAAUCCUCUCUGGGGACGAGUUGCAAUAUUUACCAGUACACACACGCAUUACUGGCUGACCUGGAAUCAACCACGUCCCACAUUUCAAAAAGACCAGUGUUUUUACCAGAUGAGACCCCCUACUCUAUCCCGAUUGGGAAUUAUUGCCAGGAUCAAUCAGUUCCUCCUCCAGUCCCUCCUCCGCCCACAGUUGAAGCUCUGAAUGGUUCCCUGCAAGACCACUCCCACCACUCUUCUCAACAGUCUUUAGGUUCAGCCCAGAAGAGCUCAUGGUCGAGGGACAGUAGUGGCUCUCCGUCUCAUAUUGAAGAAGACCACGUCUACAGCUUUCCAAACAAACAAAAGUCAUCAGACUCAUCAACAUCAGCCAUGACUUCUGCUCUGGGCAGCAACUUGUCUGAGCUUGACAGACUACUUCUGGAGCUUAAUGCGGUUCAGCAGAGCUCCCCUUCAUUCCCCACUACAGAAGAGAGACCCCCACCCCUACCAUCCACCAGCAUCACCCACUAUGAGAAUGGCAAUGCCCCUGACAUAAGAGUUAGCCCUCCGCCUCAGGAGGAGCCCAAGAAAAAUGGAACAAGGCAGGAUGAGGGCCGGCCCACAGUGGAGAGUCUUUUGGAUGAGCUGGAGGGCUCAGUGCCCUCAACCAGCCCCUCCCCUCGCCACAGUGAUAUGGACAGCCCCUCGCAACAGCAGGCACGGAUUUCAGCUUCAUGUGCCACAAGAGAGUUAGAUGAGCUGAUGGCCUCUUUGUCUGACUUCAAGCCCAGCUCUUCUUCCACCCCUCCUCAUCCUCCAGUCUCUACCUUCGUCACCCCAGUGGCUUCACCUUUCCUCAGUCUGUCCCACUCAUCUGCCUGUGCUUCUCCUAUGUUCUCUUUGCCUGCUGGUCUAGAACUACACAUAGAUGAGGACGGUGUAGACCGAGCCUCUUUGAAACGUCACAGUCCAAUAUCAUCCCUUUCUGCAGCCAGUGAUCUCGACUCUGUCGCAGAUGUGCUUUCUGCGGUCCCACCAUCGCCAAACAAUUCGCUGCUUGUCCUCACCGUUUCCGGCAGAAACAACCAGCAGAGAAACAGUUCGAGCCCAUCCACUACUCCCUCGACGACUUCAGUAAACACAGUCUUGGACCACAAGACUUCCAAAUCACCUAGUCCAUCUGUGGAGCGCAUUUCACCCCUAGCAGCUGCAGCCUCACCCCUUCACUACCUCACCCCUCCUACCUCUAUACCCAAGACUCCUUCACUUCUCCUUUGUACUUCUGUGUCGCCUCCCCUCACCAAUAACUCCUUCACACCCUCCUCCUCGGUCUCGCCGACCAACAUUUCCUCAUAUACGACCAUCACGAGCUCUUCAAUUUCCAGUGGACAUCUGUUGCAGCCAGCACCUGCAGCCAAGAGCGCACUGCAUCAGCUGCCUGUUGAAGACCCCUCCCUGAAUGAAGCGCUCGACAAACUGCUAGAGAUGAGUUUCGCACAAAUUCACUCAGCGGCCGAAGUGAAGGAUCUGCAGCUGCACACGGAGGCGCACUAUCUUGGCAGAGGAGUCCCCGAGGUGUCGGAGGAACUCAUCCUGCUCAUGGACAGAAACAGUGUGCAGCCUGACAUGUUCACCUGCACCGCUAACACCAUCACAGAUGAAUCAGUGGACGGAGGUACCGACACCAACGGAGAUCUGGACUGGGCCGAUGAGGAGCUGUCCGUGUCCUUACACGACGGACUAGAUGGCACCAUGACGCCGUACACCGAGAGGCUGUACACAGAUGGCAGCGUGACUCCACUGACGGAAGCUAGCUGGAUGGAUGAUUCCAUGACGCCGUCCACGUGUCCUGGGACGCCAGACGCUGCCUUGGAUCUGCCUUUGUUGCAACCACCCAAUAUGGACAGAGUGUCUGCCUCAGGACACAUCAAAUCUGUGAUAAGGCGCACUAAGGAGACCCCCAAUGUGCACCCGAUGUAUCGAGACGGUCUCCUGCGCAGGAAAAUGGGCCCCGUCAUUGUCAACAAGAACUCUUCCCAGGACCGCCUCAUAGAGGAGCUUCAGGGCAAGUUUGGUAUCGCCCGCUCUGAGCGUCGACGUAAACAGCCAGACGAGUGGAUUAUGGACGGGUUCGUUGUCACAGCCAAGCCUCAACGCUUCCGCCCUGACGGAGCGGUCGGCGAGGUGGACAAGAUUGUAAUUUCCCCCGGGUCGCCUGCUCCCGUGAGACGGGUCCUCCCGCCUCAGUCACCUCCUGCUCCUCGUCCUCCUUCUAUCAUAGAAGACCCUAAACUCAUGCUCCCAGGUCACCAACAUCCCGCUCCUUUACCUCCACCACCUCCCUUGCCCCCUCCUCACAUCCGAGCGCAAGACACAGCUCCACCUCGGCACAUAAUGACAGCUUCACAAGCACCACUGUCACCACCCGCUCAGGAACCACCAGUCCACAAACUCGAGCCCCCCAUGUCUAUUCAUAAAAGUCCAACCCACCCUUCACCACCAGUUGAACCCAAAGUCCUGGUAUCUGUCGGCUGCCAAACUGACUAUGACCCACUCUUCUCCUCGAUGGCUCAAGGGAAAGGGGUUUCUUCUGGCGCUCAGCAGACGCAGGUCAACAAGCUGGACAACAUGCUUGGGAGCCUGCAGUCGGACCUUAACAAACUGGGUGUGCAGACAGUGGCCAAAGGAGUUUGCGGUGCCUGCUUCAAGCCAAUUGUGGGGCAGUUGGUGACUGCCAUGGGGCGCACAUGGCAUCCUGAACACUUUGUGUGCACGCACUGUCAAGAGGAGAUUGGCUCCAGAAACUUUUUUGAGCGGGAAGGACAGCCCUACUGUGAGAGAGAUUACCAUAACCUGUUUUCUCCUCGAUGCCACUACUGCAAUGGGCCCAUACUAAAUCAAGUUGUAACUGCGCUGGAUCGAACAUGGCACCCCGAACAUUUCUUCUGCGCUCAGUGUGGAUGCUUCUUCGACCCAGAUGGCUUCCAUGAAAAGGAUGGCAAGGCUUACUGCAGGAAGGAUUACUUUGACAUGUUUGCACCAAAAUGUGGUGGCUGCGCGAGAGCCAUCGUGGAGAACUACAUCUCGGCACUCAACUCGCUUUGGCACCCGGAGUGUUUUGUUUGCAGGGAGUGUUUCACGCCAUUUGUCAAUGGAAGUUUCUUUGAGCACGACGGCCAGCCCUACUGUGAAGUCCACUACCACGAGCGCCGCGGUUCUCUGUGCUCCGGCUGCCAGAAGCCCAUCACAGGUCGCUGUAUCACAGCUAUGUCCAAGAAGUUCCACCCGGAACACUUUGUCUGCGCUUUCUGCCUCAAGCAACUCAACAAAGGCACAUUUAAAGAGCAGAACGACAAACCCUACUGCCACGGCUGCUUUGUGAAGCUCUUUAGUUAAGGAGCGAGGCAGCUACUUGUGGUACUGCGCAGAAGAAAGGUGUCCGCAGCAACGCGGGCACUAGUCCAGACUGAUGUCAAUCAACGUAAGGUUGUGACCCUUUUCAAAUGUGUGUAUGCAUAGGCUAAACAUUAUUCAUCCUGCUUGGGAUUAAGGCUAUAAACGGUGCCCAAUAUUUCAUAACAAUGGAAAUGAAGGGUGAAAUAACGUCUGCAUGUUUUAACUUAUGACUUCAACUUUCCCUAAUAGUUUCUUUUCUUUCCAUUACAUUUGCUAGUUCAUUUACUUGUCAGGUGGCGAUGAACGACUGAGGACUGAAGAAAUCAUAAAAUGUGCAUUUUUACUAUUCUCACUGGUUGAGUAUGUCCUUUUUAGGAUUUAUUUUUUAGUUAAAAUCAGACAAUUAGAGCAGGGAGCAGGUGACCUGCUAUUGUGCGAUUAACUGAUUUUCAACCAGAUUAUGAUGUUUUGUUUUAGUCUUUUAUUGUGUCAAAGUUGACGCAUUAAUGUAAGUGAAACAUCAACUGGAAAUUGUAUUGAGUGAGCAAUUGGUUGUUUUGUGGCGUGUGUGAAGAUGUUUUCUUUUCACUCUGUGGAUUUACUCAAUCAGCCACACAUUUUAGACUUGAUUUGUUUAUACCAGCAUGUUAGAAAACAUUUAUUUGAUGUACAGUACAUGAGAAGGAUAUUUUUAGAGUAACGUCUUUCUAGACUUGAUCACAAUUCUAUUUGUUCCACAGUAAUUGCUGUUGUCUUGAGUUAGUAGAAAGCCAAAGCUAAAUGUUUCACUGCCAAAUCAUUCCUUGUUUUCAUCGAUGAAAACAAACAGUUUCACCAUUCAUUUCCUCAGAUUUUCACAGAUAUUACUGUUUAUAGUCAUUUCCAGCGUCUCCACCCUAUUACCGUACAAUUAAUAGUGUAAAUCUGCAAUAUUAGACGAGGCACCGGGAUGCUUCCCAAGACUGUUUUUGAUAGCUACUCCCUACAAAAAUGGUGAUCAUUGGUUGGACUGUGAUGCUGGACUACUGUGUUCCUAUGUCAGAAUCGUUGGACUACAAGGACACUAUAUGGCAUUGUAUUAUCAAACCAUUAAACUUGUAUCUGCA